AUAUACAUAGGAGGAAAGUGAACUACACCAUAUGAGCCAUACUUCAUGUGUACUAGUAAAUAAAUUUGAUACAAAAAAUAACACUAGAACAUUUAUAUGUAAGAUAAACAAAUUGUGUAAUUUGCAAAAGAUUAAUUCGUUUACGGCUUGAACCUUAUUUAAACAUCCCGUGUCCUUCCCACUACCGCAAAUUUUCCUUGUAUAUAAUCAUCAUAGUUACUCCGUCGCGUGAAAGUCUAGUGAUGAUGAUGUGAUGUUGCUCUAGGCUAGCACUCCUCACCUUUAAGUUAAAGAAUGAGGAGUGAGAACUAAGAAUGCGACUAAAUUCUGAUGAGUGUAGUGGACGGAGCCGUAGAGUUUAGAGUUUUGAGUGUCGAUUAUCCUAUGAUCGUGAAGAGAAAUUGUAAAAAUAUUUGAAGCCCAGUGUAUAAUUCUUACAUUCAAUUAUUUCACGUGAUUUGGCGAACAAGAAGACUCGGAGACAAGGACAACAUAUAGAUUAAGUGGUGCGCAAGACGGUGACAAGAAAACUGUGCGCCCUGCAACUAGAGCAACCUCAUUAUUUCUGAAAUCUUCAAUAUUAAAUCCUGUCACCAGCAUAACAAACUAAAUAAACGUGCAUUGGGCAUUGUAACGUAGCGGUAAGUAGCAGUUGCAACUAUGAAUUAGGAAUUGACGAGGUCAUCACAACAUAAAAAACUGCGCGCCAAUUAAAUUUUGUUGCUGUUGCACAGUGCAUUCCAUUGAUGAGUGAAAUCGUGUGAAUAGAAAAUAAAAAGUCGAGUGAGUGCGUGAAUAUGUUGGUGAAAAAUUUGGUUGAGACUCUAGAAGCAGCCCACGAUGCUCCAAUUCGUGGAUGCUCGACGCCACAUUGUAUCAAGUUGCCUACUGUCGAGGAACUAGAUUCUGACUGCAAACAACGUCGCAAUGACUUUAUGGCUGCGGGAGCGACUCUCUCCGCAGCAGUUCGUCAGCCAACCGACAAACUCGCUCAAGUUCUCGAGUCAAAAGGCAGAAAGAUCAUUCAGCAAAAGCUUCUCAGCGAGAACCAUAAGCUCACCGAAUACUUUCCAGUGCGUCGCAGCAUUCGAAAAUGUAAGAAAGUUGUUCUCGAAGAGCAACAACGGGACCUUGAAAACAAAGUGCUCUGCGGCGCUGAGGACGGGCUACAGGUCAGGCAUUUUCCCGGAAAAGGACGCGGAGUGGUGACCACUCGAAAUUUCGUUAAAGGGGAGUACGUUGUAGAAUAUGCUGGGGAACUUAUUGAUUUGACAACAGCAAAAAAAAGAGAAGUCAAAUAUGCUAAAGAUCAAAAUGCAGGUUGCUACAUGUAUUACUUUCAACAUCGCAAUCAACAAUACUGUGUCGAUGCUACAGCUGAAUCCAGCAAAUUUGGAAGGCUAGUUAAUCAUUCUCGUAAUGGAAAUUUGACAACUAGAAUUGUGACGGUUAAAUCUGUACCACAUCUUGUGCUGAUAGCUAAAGAUGAUAUACCUGUAGGAGUAGAAGUAACUUAUGAUUAUGGAGAUAGGAGUAGAGAAUCUAUUCGUAAUCAUCCAUGGCUAGCAUUAUAGUAAAUUUUAACUGAUAGAUUUUUACAUGUGUAUUAUAGCUGAAUAACAAUGUGUGAUUUCUAAUUUUUUUUGAAUAUCAAAGCUUUUGAUACAAUUUAUCCAUCUACAACAGUACUUACCAAAUAAUAUCAAUAUAUUUAAUAGAAUCAGAUUGAUAUGAUUUAUAAUUCAAAUUAUAAUGUAACUGUUUGGAUAUGACCUAAAACUGUGAGCUGUUAUGCAAGUUAUUUGUUCAAUUAUUAUGAACAAUAAGAAUAAUUUCUUAUAACACUAUUAACUUCAAUAUUAUUAAUAUUCAAACGAGUAUUAUUAGAAAAUUAUAUGUACAUCAAUUUCUAAAAAAUCAAAUUUAGUAAUAGUUUAAUCAGUUUCUUUGAUUACAAGUGUAUACGUUUUGUUAUUUUUUAAAAUUUAUUGUUAAUUUUAUCAAACUUUCAAUAGAAACAAUUUUUUAAUGUGCAAAGUUAGGAAAAUUGUUUUCUAAAAUAAGCACCAGUUUUUACUUUUAUUGUAAUAUUUAUUUGCAACAGAUUCUUUUAUUUUAUCUACUUAAUGCAAGAUCUUAAACUUGCUAUAAUUCAGCUAUUUUUUUUUAUCAAUAAACACAACUCUAACAAAAGGUUGAUAAAUUCAAGUGUAUUCAGCAUCACUUAAGAAAUUAUGCACCAUAGAUUAUACUUAUAUAUUAUAAGAAUGUGCAUGUCAAUAUACUUGACAAUAAUCUCGUUCAAGAUUAUUUUAUAGUUUUAUUAUAUUUAGUAGCUCAAGUAACUUUAAUAAUCUUCUUUUAACAAAUAACUACGAAGUUCAAGCAGUUUCCGAAAUGUUGAUAAGUUAAUUGUUUACCGUGAGAUUUAUUUGUAAUAAAUCUUUAUUAAAGAUUUGUGCUAGGUUCGAAAAGAUCAUUUACAAGAUCAAUCUAGGCUUAACAAGCUAAUAUAAAACGAUUAAUAACGAGGUGAAAAAAUUGAUUGUUUAUUUAACAUCUGAGUGUUCAGUGACUAUGCAGGAUGCAAGCAAUUCUAAAACAUACAUUUACUAUGUUAUUAGUACAAUAAUAAAUAAUCUAAUUAUAUUUCUUUAGCGUGGUGCUUGUCUAAUGGUCGAUGCCUAACGUCCAAUAUCUCUAUAUAACAAGCCCUUAAGGCCCCUCCAUGUACAUUCGAAAAUUAAUUUAAAAUAUUAUUUUCUUAGGAAUAAUCGUAAUACUUUUAUCACACUGUUUCACCAAGUUAUACCGUUUUCUCGGUAUUGUAAUCCUUAUUCGCGGCUAUAAACUUUGGAGCAAAGAUCACCUAUAAUUUAUAUAUCUAUAGCUAUUGGCGGCAAGCACAGACUAAAAAGUUGAAGUGGAGGCGUGUUGCUGUAGUUAACUAAAUUUAUCUGUAGCAACCGAUUACUCUCAACAUCCGAUAAUAGAAUAAUUUAGUAUUAUUCGUGUGAUUUAAUCAAUUAGAUGAAUUAUUUAUUUGAUGUCACGAAAUUGAAACAACAUCAGUGUAACAGUCGAAUCUUUAGUGAUUAUUUAAUUUUGUAUAAUCAACAUACUUAUUCAAAUAUUUGGUAGGUUGAUUGCAUGUAAAAUAAAAUUCGUCGGAAAAAUACUAGGCACGAUUAUAAGUGAAUGUUUCCUACGUAAAACAUGAAUGACAAAGAAAUAAUGGAUAAUAAUUAAAUAAUUUAGCGUUGAUUAGAAUACUAAUGAUAUAACAUAAGUUAUGAAUAGGUUAUCUACAUAUAUGAUACUUGAAUAAUUUUAAUAUACAUUACAUACGCAAUUUUUAAUUGUAAUGUAUAUUAAAAUUUAUUCAAAUGUAAAUUAUUGUACAAAUGUCAUUUAUGUAAAUAACCUAUUCAUAACUCAUGUUAUAUAUCAUUAGUAUUGUAUAUUAGUAUUAAGUAUAAAUAAAUCUUUUUUAUAAAUUGAUAUAAAUGUAGUUCUGAAUUGUUCGUUAUUUUUAUCAAAUUAUUAAAAUUAUUUAUCAUGAUAGAGGAAAUUGAUAGGUAAUGUAAAAAUUGUAGUUUUCUUGCUGCUCAAUUAUGUGCUUAUUUAAUUAAUGGCAAUAGUAAUCACUUUGUUUAAGUGACUCGACGUAAUAAUUGAAAGUAACUUUAAAUUUGAUAUUAAUAAAAUAUUUUUCGAUACUCCGUGCGCAAAAUGCGUCGUUCCCGCACACUCGGUAGAAAAUGUGCGUUGAAAAUCACACUUUCCACACGUCGUAUAAAAAAAUACGGUACGGCACAUGCUCGGGAAAGAGUUUCUUGUCUCGUGUACCUUUCCACCCUCGUCUCGCUCGGGUGUAAACGCCCACGAGACAAGAAUCUACUUUCCCGCACUUGUAUCGUAAUGUACUAUAUAUACAUGGUCGUUAUACCAAUAAACGAUGUCAUUUUUUUGCAAAUAAAAACAUAUUCAUAAUGAUAACAGCAAUUUAAUAACUGUUGAGUGUGGAAUAAAAAUACGUGGAAAUAUUCUAUUUGUUAUUUAUGUAAAAAUCGGAGUUUUCAUUUAAAAAAUCGUACGAGUUGGUUAGUAUUAAAAAAGUAUCGAUUAAAUCACAGAAUAUGGUAGUUUAAACUUUGAAGUAUACGUGAAAAAAUCGCGGUAAGUGUCAAUGGCUUAUUUCCAAGGUAGUGUUAAUGCAAAAAAAGCUUCAAAUUUAGACUUUUUUAAUGACUUUCUAAUGAACUAAUACA